CGAAAAGGUUGUCCAGACAACUGGUUGGCAAUCAAUGUUUUUACAAAAGCCAAAUCUAGCUUUAGAAAUUAUAAAUUCACAUGAUUCAACACUACAAAAAUAUUGAUGAAAAUAAAAAAAACACAGCUGAAAUAUUCAUAUCAAAUAUCCAAACAAAAUUAUUGAUGAAUGACAUAAACGUGAAAGUGGCAGUUAAGAACGUUAUCACAGAUUCUGGAUAACGAACAAUUCAGAAUAUUUUCAAGAAUUUCUAUGUGGAUGAGAAGACAUAUGCUGCGGUCUUAAAUAUACUUGAAAUUCACCGUUUUAAACAUCUGAACAUCUUUCAUGAUUGUUUUUAUUUGACAAAAGAUUAAUAUUUCGAUCAUACAAAAUCCAUAUUUUAAUUCAAUAUUUCAACUAACAUUUAAGAUGAGUUCUGAUUUAAAAUUAAAACUUCUUUUCAACAAGAAUAAAUAUAACAUCAGAUUAUUUUGUAAAUUAACCACCGCCCUUCAAAGAUUAAUAAAAAUCAAACUUUACUUGUUCAAUAAAUAAGUUACCGAUUCGAAAUACAGUGACAACUUGUAUUAUUUUUGUAAAUACUUGCUCAUUUCAAAAAAACUUCCGUUCACAUAUAUUCCAUUAUUGUAGCACCCCAGAAAACUACAAAUAUCCUAAAAUUGAAAUACUUUAUCAAUUAUAAGUGUUCAUAUUUUCCGAAUUACGAAAUCAAGUGAUAGACAGUGAAGCUUUAUUUUUUGAGGACUGAAGAAAGGACAAUAGAUUACCGAUUAUUCAUUCGGUUAUAACUGAACUUGACAAAGUAACGAUCUAUCGAUAAACAAGUAAAAUAAUACUCCAAAUAAAGAGCCACUGCAUCAUACAAAAAGGCUGAAAUGUCUUUGAAUGCAGUGCCAUCUCUUGUGCUCGACCCAUUCAAUUCUUCAAAUGUGGAACUUGACGAGUCUUUUCUAGACUCUGACAGUUUCAACCUCAGUAUCACAUCGAACAACAUAUCUCACAAUGAAAGCUUCAUCGACGAAUACACAGGAACAGAGAAAGUGUUCUGGGCGUUACUUCUCUUGCCACUUCCACUGGUGGCAGUGCUUGGAAAUAUAUUGGUGAUCCUUAGUGUUUAUAAAGAAAAGAGUUUACAGACUGUGACAAAUUACUUCAUUGUGAGUUUGGCGUUCGCUGACCUACUAGUUGCAGCUGUCGUCAUGCCUUUUGCAGUUUAUGUACUGGUAAAUGGAGACUGGGAACUGAGCGACACGUUGUGUGACUUCUACAUUGCUGUGGACGUGACGUGCAGCACAGCUUCCAUUUUCAACUUAGUUGCCAUAAGCAUAGACAGGUAUAUUGCUGUAACGCAACCCAUAAAAUACUCUAAGCACAAGAAUAGUACAAGAGUUUCAUUGACUAUUGCUAUUGUCUGGCUUGUUUCUGCCGCCAUUGGAUCACCCAUAGUUCUGGGACUCAAUACAUCACCAGAGAGAACCCCACAGCUCUGCGUUUUCUAUAAUUCAGAUUUCAUCAUUUAUUCUUCACUCAGCUCCUUUUAUAUCCCAUGCAUUAUUAUGAUCUUCCUGUAUUACAAAAUUUUUAAGGCGAUUCACGAGCGUGCUAAGAAAAACAAGCGCAGGACUGGAAAUUCGGAAUCAGGAGGUUACCGCAGUACAGGCAAUUCAAGCCUUACUCCAGAAACCGCUGGAUCACAUAACAGGCAGACACAACCAAGCAGCUCAGGAGGUUACGGAAGCAAAGGUCUACAGAUUGUGGUGGAAAAAGACGGCUUUACUACGAACACUGGUAGUGGUAGUCAGGAAGACGACUAUGAUGACGAUACAGCUGGGGACGACAGUUACCGCCAAGAAUCUGUACGCGGUGCUACAGCAGCUUCAGCCAUGUUGCUCAGUGCAUUCAUGACAGAGACUAUCCGAAUCGAGAUACCAAUAAAUGGUAACACAGAUUCCGGAUAUGGCACUUCUCAUGUUGAGCAGGAGACUCAAUUCACUACUGAGCAGACUUCGCCAAAGCACAUUAUCUCUGGCAUUGACCUUGCUGCAGCUAGAGGUCAACUGAAAAGAAACGGUAUGUCCAAGAGGAAAGGCGACCGAGACGGAAGUGACAUGCCCGGAGGGAUAAAGAAAAAGUCGAGAUUUAAUCUAGGGAGAAGACACAAAAGCAGCCGGAAGAAAAGGGAGAAAGUGUCUGCAAAAAGGGAGAGAAAGGCAACUAAAACUCUUGCGAUAGUGUUAGGAAUGUUUCUCAUGUGUUGGGUGCCAUUUUUUACCUGCAACAUCUUAGAUGCCAUUUGCAUCAAAUUGGAAAAUGAUGAUUGGAGGCCAGGAAUGACCAUAUUUCUUCUCACAACAUGGUUAGGCUACAUCAACAGCUGUGUCAAUCCCGUUAUAUACACUAUUUUCAACAUGGAGUUCAGAAAGGCUUUCAAGAAACUUUUGAUUGAUUCGUGGUAAUGUCAUACCUCAAUAAUGAGUCAACCAACAUUCCUUGAAUCAACCGAGGAAGUGAAAUAUCUUCUGAAAACUCAGAAACAGUUAUUACUUAAAUAUUUACUUAUAUGCUGGAAUUUUAAAAACCCACCUAUUUUGAAAAAUUUGGAAAACAAACCUUUUCUUUUUGU